UUUACCAGAUCCGAUAAUAGCAACAAUAACGCUACUGCCAAAGAGCAACCUUCAUCAAUACAAAAUGAACCAGAAUAUAUUCGAACACCUAAGAAACCAAAGAUGAAAGUAACAACUCCGGCUUCUUCUUCUUCCUCAACCACUUCAACUAAAGGAACAACGAAUAAAGCAGCAACUACUAAAGUAAUAAAUUCUAAAAUAACAACCUCUAAAGCAACUAAUUCUAAAUCAACAUCACAAAAACGAACCAUCGUGUCUAUGAGCAGCAGAAAAAAAGCUUCGCAACCGCAAUGUCAACAUCCCAAACAUUCGAUUUAUGAGUCAAGUCCUGCCGCAUACACAUCACAUCCAAAUUAUGUCUCAGCCAAAUCUAUUUAUAAAGUUAAUGAACGCAAGAAACUAGUCAUUGAAAUGAAGGGA